AUGAGUCAUUCUAAGCCUUUCCAUCAUGGUGAAAGAACAUACUUAGCAUACACAUGCACAUACAGGAAAAAGCAGUUCCUAAAAUGUUGUAUGAGUUUCUGUUUUCAGUCACUUCAGAAGCAGGACUGAUGGUACUUGCUUCCUGACACACUGGCAUACCCCGCUUCACUUGGCUACAGAAUGCCUCAAGUCCUGGGUAACAGCAGUUCACAUGAACAGGCUGCUGAACAUUAUGCAUCAGAAACCAUUGUCUCUAUUACUAUCUUCAUCAUCAUUUUCAUCAUAGGUAUCCCAGGCAAUGGACUGGUGAUAUGGGUAGCUGGUCUUAAAAUGAAAAGGUCUGUGAACAUUGUCUGGUUCCUAAACCUUGCUGUGGCUGACUUCAUUUGCUGCCUAUCCUUGCCAUUUUCCAUUGUUCACCUGGCCCUCCAUGAACACUGGCUGUAUGGUUGGUUCCUCUGCAAAGUAAUCCCAUCAGUCAUAAUCUUCACCAUGUUUGCUAGCGUCUUCCUACUUACAGCGAUCAGCAUUGACCGGUGCCUUCUUGUGAUGAAACCUAUCUGGUGUCAAAAUCAUCGAACAGUGAAAUCCAUAUUACUAAUAUGCAGUGGCAUUUGGAUCCUGGCCUUCAUUUUUUGCUGUCCUGUCUUCCACUACCGUGAGACUAGCACUCAUGAUGGCAAAACUGAGUGUGGGUACAAUUUUGGAGAUCACAUAGUGCCAGAUUACAUGGAUAGUCCUGUAGAUGAGUUACAGGAAGAAUAUUCACUGUUAGACUACAGUCAUAAUGACUCCUGGGUUAACAUCUAUGAAGCUGAUUAUUCUGUGUCACUUGCCUUAGUGGCAGUAAGCAUCACUAGGGCUGUCUUCGGCUUCCUACUCCCCUUUGGCACAAUGGCAGUUUGCUAUGCCCUCAUUGGUUUCAGAAUACGUGCAAAACAGUUUCACAAGCCACACAACAGAAUGCUGAGAACAAUUGUGCUUGUGGUAGCUGCAUUUUUCAUUUGCUGGGCUCCAUACCACAUUGUUGGGAUUCUGUACCUUAUACCUACUCUUGGAACACGACUGGGGCAGUCACUGAUCCUCUGGGAUCACCUCUCUACAGCACUUGCAUAUGCCAACAGCUGCAUCAAUCCCCUGGUCUAUGUUUUUGUGGGGCGGGACUUCAGGGCAAAGGCACGACACUCACUGCAAGGAAUCUUGGAAGGUGUCUUUACUGAGGAGUCAACACAUUCCAUCCCCUGCUCUCUUCACAGAAGCAAGACUUCAGCAGAGAAGGACACGAGCAGCACAGUAUAAUGCGAGACUUCCAGUCACCACUGUAGAAAUAGGAGCUAUGGCCCUGCACAUCAAUCACUCACCACAUAACAGCUUUCUUUUCUUUUCUCCAGCACAAUUGAUUAAUCUGCAGCUCCACACACAAAGCACUGAGAUGGUUCAGCUCACAACAGCAACCCCCCUUUAGAUCCUAUGGAGAUGGGAAGUUGAAGUAUCAAGAGUAAUAAUGUCAGGGAUGAUGCUGGUGAAGGAGCAGAGUACUUCAAUCUUUAAAGAUGAAAGCAGGCUUGCAGGAUAAUUUGUGGUGGGAUCAUGUAGUUUAACCUCUGAAUUGCUAGAGGAGAACAUCAUUAGUUAUUUGCAUAUGUCUACAUUCUACAUCUCCUGUCUCUGAUAAACUGCAGAUGAAAGCAACUUUUGAUGUCUCCUUGGAAUCUGUCAUCCUGUUUUC